CUGGAAAUUCAGGGAUACAUCUAAAAUCCUUCACAUGACCAAUUCCAAUAAUUUGAUGUACCACGAUUUCUGAAAAGGCGCAGUUGUUCUGAAGCACCCUCUCCAAGCAAGGCAAGGAGGCGAAGUAAGUCCUGUGUAACACCGUGCGCAGGUGCUCCGGAGACCAGAACUGCCCAGGCAACGGGUCUCGUCGGGGUGGUGGAGGGAUCCUUGGGUGACAGCGUGGGGUCACCUCCCUGCAGGCACGGCUGCCCCGUCCUGCUGACCGCAGGGAGGUCACCUGCUGCUCAAACCCUGCCUUUAUGUUUUGCUUCAGCAAAAAUCCUUCUGGCCACCUGCUGCGUGCACCCCCGCUGCGGCCACUAUCUGCGUGAUAAAACUUGCGAUAGGGAAAUCAGCCGAACAAGGCAAAUCCCGGCUGCGGGCGGCACUCACUCACCCCGCGGAGACGAGAGGUGCGCUCGGCCGCAGCUCCCCGGGCCAGCCCCGGCCCCGACCGCCCGCGGCCUGCGGAGGCGGCGGGACGGGCCCUGCCGGGCUCACCCCUGCCACGACCGAGGGCUUCCCCAACCAGGACACCCCCAACCCCUCACGGCGAGGCGGGGCCGGAGGAGCCGUGCCCGCUAAGGGGCUGGGGCCGUGAGGGUGUCGUGUAUUCGGGGCGAAGGAGCCAAAGCCGGCUCGGGGCCGAGGGCGUUCGCCGCGCGUUGGCCGAGGCAGGGGCGGCCGUUCCCCUCCGCCCAAGCCGCUGUUGGGCGUCGGCCUCUUCCGCCGCUGCCCCCGGCUCGGCUCAGCCCCGCCCCGAGCGGCGGCGGCGGCUCCUUGACCCCGGUGCUGUCCGUCCCGGUGGUGCGGGCAUGGUCGUGUCCUGGGCGCUGCCCGCGCCCCUCAGCCCGGCGCAGCUGAAGCGCCUGGAGGAGCACCGCUACAGCGCGGCCGGGCACUCGCUGCUGGAGCCGUGGCUGCAGCCCUACUGGGGCUGGCUGGUGGAGCAGGUCCCGCGGGGGCUGGCGCCCAACGCCAUCACCAUGGGCGGCCUCCUGCUGAACUGCCUGACGGUGCUGCCGCUCAUCGCCUGCUGCCCCAGCGCCACCGAGCAGGCACCUUUUUGGGCAUACAUCCUGGGUGCUCUAGGACUUUUUAUCUACCAGUCUUUGGAUGCCAUUGAUGGGAAGCAAGCCAGAAGAACAAACAGUAGUUCUCCUCUUGGAGAACUCUUUGAUCAUGGUUGCGACUCUAUUUCCACAGUAUUUGUUGUCCUUGGAUCCUGCAUAGCAAUCCGACUAGGAACAAAUCCUGACUGGUUGUUUUUCUGUUGUUUUGUGGGACUGUUCAUGUUCUACUCUGCUCACUGGCAGACAUAUGUAUCAGGCAUGCUAAGGUUUGGAAAAAUUGAUGUAACUGAAGUUCAGAUCGCCAUAACAAUGCUGCUCUUGAUAUCUGCCUAUGGAGGAGCAGCAAUAUGGGACUAUAAGGUCCCUUUGCUGGGCUUAGAACUGAAGUUCUUUGCCAUUAUUGGCAUCCUGUGUGGAACAGCACUUUCUUUCUUCAAUUACUUCCGUGUUAUCUUUGGUGGAGGGGUUGGAAAGAAUGGAUCUACAAUAGCAGGAACAAGUGUUCUUUCACCAGGCCUGCACAUUGGACUGCUUAUCGCUCUGGCCAUUACAAUUUAUAAAAAGUCUAAAACUCAGCUGUUUGAAAAACAUUCUUGCCUGUAUGUCUUGACAUUUGGACUUGUGAAUGCCAAAAUCUCACAGAAGCUGGUGGUGGCUCACAUGACAAAAAGUGAAAUUUCUCUUCAGGAUUCUGCAUUUAUUGGGCCAGGACUUCUGUUUUUGGACCAGUACUUCAACAGUUUCAUUGAUGAAUAUAUUGUUCUGUGGAUAGCAUUGUUCAUAUCCUUGUUUGAUAUGCUGAGAUAUGCCUGUGGUGUAUGCCUACAGAUUGCCGCUCAUCUUCAUAUACAUGUCUUCAGAAUUUCAUCUCAUCAAGCUCCUGCGCAGGUUCAAAACCAUAAUGACUGAUUAAAUAGGUCAAGAACAAGAGAAGAAGCAGUUAGGGGAAUGACACAGCCUCUCUGUUUUUUGGGAAGACAGAUUAAGCUUCUGAAGAAAACAAUUUUAUGGGAAAGUUCACUGUAUUUCAGACAUUACCAGAUGUUAGAAUUAGUAGAUACAAAGUUCUGCAGAUGCUGUUCUACUUUUGAACUAGUACAUAUUUCCCUGUGUUUCAGACCACAAAUACUACAUUUAAAAAUGUUGCCAUUUCUUGUUAGGUAACUUUAAUUCUGUACUUCUCUUCUGAUGAAUGUAGAUGCAAACCAAGGUGCUUCCAGAAUUCGAAGAGGAGUUUCAUGUUUCCCUAACCCAAUUGUCUAACCUUGUAGCAUUAGUUUCUAAAGUUUUGUUGGAACUACUCUGAAGUGGUUGUCAGAUAUACCAAUGAAUUCAAUCCUGCGUUAUUAAGACUGGUAAAGUGAGGCAGCCAUGAGGUAAAAAAUCAUUCAGUCUCUCUCCUGGUACUUCUAAGGAACAAGCUGUCAGAGCAGUAGAUAAAGGAGGUACAGCUCAGGAAAAUUUCUUCUACUUCAAAGUAUGUUACGAGUGCCUUUAGAAUUCAUGCAUUCUCUAGUAUCCAAGUACAUAACAUACUGCUACCACAUAAAACUUUAGCUUGCACUUUCUUUCAAGGCCAGUUUCUGGUUUUGUGGUCAUAGUAAAGUUAGUCUCAUUGUACUUCAUCCUCAUCUAGACUACAAGUAGCUGUGUAAGGAGAGGACUCUAACUUCAGGCACCCUAACUUGUAUCUGUAAGCCUAUGCAAGUGAAGGACAAAGUUGAUAAACUUCAAUGCCUGUGGCUCCAGCACUGCAGCCCAGCCUUCUGUAUUUCCCGCUGUGGUGUUUUUGCUGUAGCUGUGUUCACUUAUAUAACAAUUGAUUCUAUUGUCUCAUAGCUACCGCUGUACUCUAUCCAAACAAAAGAGCACAAAACUGAAUCAUAAAGUAAAACUCUCCAAAACAGGAACUCAGGCCCAAUAUCAGCUUCUCUCUUCCUUUAAGAACACUGUUAUCCACUGGGUAACAUAAUAUGUCUGAGGGCUGUUGCCAUUAUAGAAAAGCUGAAUUAACUUGUUAUCUGUAUGAAAAAAUGAUUAUUUGCACACAAACCCUAUAAGCUUAAGCUCCUUUCAAGAGGUACUAUUUGAAGAUGUUUUAUGUAAAAAUAUGUUGAAUUUAAGUGUGCAUUACUCCUUCCAGCUGCUGAUAUGUACCUGAGCUUCCAAGUUAAUGAAGUCCUUCCUGAAUUAUCCAACAAAGAAUUCCAUGGUUUGUUUUAAAAAUAUUACCACUGCAUCUUCCUACCUGCUUAUUAAUUCAAAAAUACUUUCUGAGGUGUUCAAGGAACUUUUAAAGUGGUGUAUUGUCUGCUAGUUUGGAGGGAAUAAAAUAGCAUCCACCAGCCUCCUGCCUAAGAAGAAUAUAAUGAACCUUUUGAGGGAUAACUGUAAGAGUUACUGCCAAACAACUACACUGCAAAAUGACUAAUAUCAAUUCAGAAUGAAUCCUACUACUCCUGUUUGAGGCUGGAAAUGACACAGCCUCUGCACAUGAAUUUAGCCUGAACACAGGCCAUGUUCAAAUAGAAAGGAAGAUAAUGUCUAUUUUUCUUUGGCUGAAUACUGUAAGCAAAUUAACCUCCUGAUGAAAAGACACAGGCAACAUCUCUAGAGUCAAAUGAGUGGGUUCUCCACAAUGGUGAAAACUGUGUCCUGGCAUAGUAGGUACAAAUAGUUUUGAGGAUAUGAUUGAGGUAUAUGGAUAAUAGGAAAUGAAUGGAGAAGUCACUCGGGAAACCAGAACCAUGACUGAAUAGUAACAAACAAAACCAAAACCAGGAGGUAAUGCUAACAAAUAACCACCUGCUGAAGAUCUGAAGCAGAACCUGUCACCUAUUUCACAGACUCCUGUAACUGUCCUUAGAGGGCUGAGACUCAGUAGUUACUAAUCAGCAUUGUUACUGGUUACCCAUGAGAGGCCCAUACCGCUUCAGUGUAGCAGUGUAACAUCCACAUUUGUUCCUGUCCUGAAUCCGAGCAGAGGCAGAACAAGAAGUUCUGUACUCGUUACAACCACAUAGCUGAAGUUACUGCAAGUUAGCCACCACCAAUCUGGCUUCCAGACCUGGAGAACCAUCAUCAAAUGACUUGACUCUGACCUAAAAAAAUGCUAGUAGGCUGAGAAGAAAAAUAUGGUUUUGAAACACAUUGUUAUGAUAACAUCACAUUUUGUGUGUGUGGGUGUGUGGAUGGUUUUUGUUUUAUCUACUUUUAUAUUAAAUCAAAGCAUUAAAUAUGUCGGCAACUACCUAAUUUUUAAAGGUAGAUAUUCAGGUGUUUUCUGUAAAAACAAACUGCAUGCACACUAAGCCAAUGGUUUAGUUUGUACUUAUUUACUGUAAUGAGGUACAUGAAAGAAAAAUGCUUUACCGUUAAAACUCAGGCUUCCCUAAAUUUUUAGUCAUUUGGAAUUGCAAAAAAUAAUAUUCCAUCUCAAAGGCUUGUAAUAGCCUGUACUAAAUAAA